CAACAAAGCCGACCCUCCAAGUAGAGGAGUUCUGCAAGGACAUGAUCUCGGACUCAGCUUGGAAACGCAGGCAAGAUAUUCGUAAGCAGGCAGUUGACAAUGUGGCCGCCGGUUUCACGGUGAGCCAGUGGUGUGAUGCGGUAAGAGCCACCAAACGACAGGGGCACAGGGUGUUCGUCUGGAUGCACUUCUUUGCGGGUAGGAGGCAAGAUGGAGAUGUUGAAGAGUUUGCUCAAAAGUUGGCAGAAGCGAAAGGCUUACAGCUGAUGUACAUUUCCAUUGACCUGGCUACAGACCACCGUUGGGAUCUGACCAUCCCAUGCACGUUCCAUGCGCUUUACCAGCUUGUGGAAGAAGGCCUUGUAGAUGGCGUUUUAGGCGAGCCACCGUGCUCAACGGUGGCGAGUUCAAGACAUGUCCCACUGACCAAUGGGCCUAGACCUCUGCGAUUUAGACAUUGCUUUUGGGGGCGAGAGGACUUGAAACUGUGGGAACGAGCCCGUGUGCUGGAAGCAAACUGCCUGUGGCUUAACUACAUGAGUCUUUGCGAAGGCGUAUCCAGUCGAGGAGGUGUCCACCUCUUUGCACAUCCGGCUGACCCAGGUGUUGAUCCAUACCCUUCGCUUUGGCAAACGGCGGAGAUGAUCAACAUGGAACGCAGAACUGGUGCAAUUCGUGUACACCUGCAUCCGUGCCAUUAUGGCGGCCCGGAGGCGAAGUUGACCUGCCUUUCUGGAACGGCCAUCGCUAAGAUGUUCAUUGACACCUUUGUGCAUUUCGAAGCUACCAACACUGGACCCACAGGAGCACUUCGUCUGACUAAGGACGUGGCAGCCCCUCGAGUUACAGCUUGGAGCACGUGGUGUGAACAACGGCGUCAUGGCGCCGUGCUGCUAAAUGAGGCGACAGUUCGUCGUCAGGCAGUUGUGUUGUCACCUUUGCAGUCAGCAGUGUAUGUGCAUGUGGACGACACUGUAUGCUUGUCCGAUGCCAGUCAAGGGCCCAUCUUCUGCGACAAAAUCAUGGAGGACGGCCUAGUGUCUGCCCUGGAGGAAGUCGGUUUUGGAGUUUCCCAGCAAGAGCGAAAUGACUCAGCAACUAAAGUGGUUGGCUACGAGGUCAUCCGCAACCCUGCCGGAUUCAGACUUCCAAUAAAGAAGAUGGUCCUUCUGAUGGAGGCGUUGAAGUUUGUAGCAAGCUGCAAGAUGGUGCGCAUACGUGUGCUCCACGCGCGAGUGGGCGUGUGGGUGUUUGGCGCACUUCUCAGAAGAGAGUUGUUGAGUGUGCCGCAAGCAGUGUUUUCUUUUUUGACUUUCCAUGAGGAAGCAGAGGAGAAAGAGGCAACGUGGUGGCCGUCAGCACGUCGUGAAGUACUAGCCAUGGCCAGGUUGGUGCCACUCAUGACUUGCCGGGUUGGCUCACCCCUCCCUCAGUGGCUCUUUGCCACGGAUGCCAUGGGAGCCAAUGAGCUUGACAGUGGAGGCUAUGGAAUAGUGAUGACAAAGAUCACAGAGCAUGAAGCCUUGGACCUACUUCGCCAGAGCAAUGCAGAAGGGCGAGCGAUUGCCGGUCUUGACGGUAUGCGCGGAGCAAAGUUUCCAGGCAGAGCAUUGACACCCACAGUGCCAUUUACUUUGCUGUCAGAGGAGCUUUUUUGCCCUGAACGGUGGGUCUUAGUUGAGUCAGGACGAUGGCGUUUCAGCGAACACAUCACUUUGGGGGAGUCAAGAACCGUUGUGAAGCUUUUGAGAAAAAUAGCAGCGGUGCCAGAGCUUCACGGCUCGUUAGUGCUUUCGUUACAGGACAAUAGGCCUACGGCCUGCAGCAUGACCAAAGGCCACGAACGGCUGGGAGCAGCGCUGCUGGUACAAAUGGCUACAGGCCUUCGCGCCAACUCGGCGGAGCCAAAAGUGGAUAUGCAUCGCCCAGAUCUUCGGAAGCGCGAGAACCGCUACUUGCUGCCACAGGCGCCAGACGGCCUGAGCAAGUACCAGAAGCAAGUGUGGCGCAACGAGCAGCUGCAACAGUUGAUGCAACCCAGCACCGUCGCCGGCGCGGCGGCCAGAGCCAGCUCGACGCCUCCAGCGCGCCUGUCGAGCGCGCCAAGGGCCGGGGGCGAGGCAGGGGGCGUUUGCUGCCAGCGGGGCGGCCGACGCAGUCCGUCUUUGAGUAGCCGCAUGUGGCGUGGGGGCCUGUGGAUUUUCAAAGGGGCUUCUGGCUUCCCAUUUUUGUUGAUCAUCGCCAUGCUUUCGGGAAAUCAUGGCCCCAUCCAUCAGACAGCGCGGAUUCUGGGCACUGUCGCUGAUCUCUCAGAAGCGGCCACUUCCACCGCCAUUACUGCUAUCAACGCCUCCAGCACCAUGGCUACAGCCGCCUCUACUCUUAUGGUUCAGGCGGCCAGUAAUGGCCUAGAUGCCAGCGCCAACAUGUGGCAUGGAGUGGAUGUCACCGACAUCUACGCCAACAAGUGUGGCGGAGCUGUUAUCACAUCUUCGGUCCCUGCGCUGACCGCCUGGUUGAACACAGAUGCAGCGAUGGUUCAUUUUCCAUGUCUGUCGCCGUUUUUGGUCACCCGGUUGAAAAGCGCAGCCAUGUCCAUCACCACUGAGGUUCCGUACACUCAGGCCGUCUCGGAGGAACUUCAGUUGAAUGAUGCUGUUUGCGCUAGACACUCGCUUCGCUUGGCUGCCAUUUCAGCUUGGGGGGGUGUUGUCAAAGCGCUGGACCGGAGGCCAGGAAACCGUUCACCAGAUAUGAAAUCCGAUGAUUGCCCACCACCCAAUGCGCCACUCAAUGCGCCAGGAUUGGCCCCAAGGCCGCUACCGCAAGUCUUGGGCUAA